CAGAAAACUAAUUUCAUUCAAAAACGGGUCACUUAGUCCACAUUCUCUGUAGCCUGAGAAAGUUAUAGACUUUUGAGGAACUGCGGCGGCUAACAGUUAGCUGGCGGAAGCUACAGAUGUCGGGAUUGUCACCGUAAAGCUAGUGUUAUGUAUUAUUGAUUUGCUCACGUUAUAGAUGACUAUAUAUGUAAUUCAUAUUUGAAGGGGGGUGGUAAUCAACUUCACAAUGAUUUGGCAAGCUGUCACAUGAUGUUAAGUGGUGAGGACUCCUCCCCACAGGAUUCAGAUUCUUUCGCCCCCUUGAAACCGGUAUCUUUUGAAAACAGCAGAAUCCAGCACCAGGUGUCUCUGAAAGAUCUCUGUGCAGAUGACAAACGCCGAAUUGCCAACCUCAUAGAAGAACUGGCCCGAGUAAGCGAGGAAAAGGAGGAGUCUGUGAAACGUCUGAAAGAUGAAAAGGGACAUUUUGAGCGCAAGAUCCAACAACUGGAGGAGCAGAAUCUCCUGAUUGCAAAAGAGCGAGAAAACAUGCACCAGCAAUACAGAGAAUGUCAGGAGCUGCUGGGACUCUACCAGCAGUACCUUUCUCAGCAACAGGUGAAGCUCAACCAGUCCAUUUCUGAACUGAACCAGAUGUCGGCCCAAAACAAGGUGCCACCUAAAGCGGGAUCCACUCGCAUAACAGACAGCCAGGAACCUCCUUUGGAUGGCUCUUAUCUCGGCUUUACGUCCACUCGAGCGCACAGAAGUGGCGGUGGAAGGCAAGGAAAUGGAUUUGGCAGCAGUCUUGCUUCUCUUUCCAGUGAUGGUGACUUUAGUUCAAAUGAUAAGAAGCCUGGUGGCAAGUCCAGGUCCCACCACAGACAUGCUCUCCAUCAACACAGUGGCCAUUCUAAUGGAUGUGAGAUGAAGCAAAGGGUUCCUUGUAGCUGCUAUCCUCAGGGGAAUCCUCAGCACAGUUAUUGUGAGAGGAGCCACUGUGGGAGUAGCAUUCCCUUACACAGCAAGGAGGCGCUCACCAGCCCUCUGCUGGGGCACAGGAGUUGGGAGGAGAAGAGACACCAGCUGCUGGUACAGAGAAUGCAGCUGGAGAAGGAGAGGGAGAAGCUGCAGGUUCGGUUGGCUGAGCAGGACGAGAGGCUCAACAGACAGAAUCAGCUGCUCAGCCAGUCACGACUCAACUGCACAAGUUUUCAGGAAGCUAACCAGUCGCUGCUGAGCAAGAGCGGGCAGAAACUGGUGGGGCAUCCUCCUGGUGUUCUUCCUACUGAGCACAACAAAAAUGUACCUCAAGACCAACCGGAUUCUGCUGCCGAGGUGUCGAUGAGAGCCAAGAGAGACGUGGGUACAUCGCCUGCUGAGUCUCCUGCGAGCCAGAGAGCUGCAACCAGUCAGUCAGUCAGUACCAGGUUGGAUUUUUCUGGGGUUGAGUUAUUGGAUAUCUUCUCUCCAGUCCCGGCACCAAAGCAGCACAAACAAUCCACCCGAAGGCCCACAACACUGCAACAUAGACCCACCUUCCCCACACCAAAGCCAGUCCACAGAACUCUGCACACUCCUGCUGGGAGAAAUCCUCAAAGUGCCCGACUGGACCUGGAGGAAAGCCAGAUACUGGAGGAUAUUUUUUUUAUUUGCUGACAAAGAAAACCAUGAAUGUCAGAAAAAAAGCCUUUUUAGCUUUUAUUUUUCUGAAGUUGGAAAUGGUUGAAGUGGUUCUACUGAUGAUGAUGAAAAUUCAAAUAAAAAGUUUUUAUUCAAGUUCAGAGUAGACGCAUGGAGAUCUUGCGCCUCCAUAUUGAACUAUGGUGGUUUAGGCAUCCGGUUUUGACUCACUUGACAUGCUGGAGAGGUAAUGUCCAUGGAAAUGGACUUCUGAGACUGACAUUGGACCUAGUGGUCACGAAGAGUACUAUGUCACCGUCUUAAAGCAUCUCAAUGCUAUCAUGGGUAGUUGAGGAGUAGUAGACAGCUCUGGAUGGAUUGACUAGCUCUUGUAUGGAGGUAUAGGUGUUAUGUGCCACACCCCAAUCAUUGUGGCAUUGCCAAGAAUGUAUACAGGUACCUUUCUGUUCAGCAGUACCUGGCUUGUCCUAGACAUUGGGAGAGUCAGGGCUUGCUGGAGCAAUGAGUUUUCUUGGAUUGCGUGCAUUGGAAUGGUGCAGACCCUGUGGAAGGCAGACUUUACAGAUAGAAAUACUGUGAAUACUCUUAGAACUACUCAAGCUUAGGCUUGUCUUAGGCUUGAACCUAAGAGUAAAUGCUGGGAUGGCACAAUGGAUGUCUUUCCUCGUCCACAGUUUCACCCUUUCCCACUGCAGCAACUCUCUUUUCUUUGAUCUUCCACAUAGAAACAGGUCCUCAGCUGCUUUCGUCAUUUCCAGACCCUCCACCAUCAUUCAGACCCAGAAUCUUCUUCAGAAUCCACCUGUUAGCAUUCAGGGCCAUCCACUCACUCACUCUUCUUUACUCCUUAUUUCCCCUCUCUGUUGCCUGUCCUGCCCACACCCUCAGCUUCUUCUUCUCGCCGUUCUCCUCACUGCCCCCCCUCCUCACUUUGGAUUUAUUCCCCAUGAUGAUCACACAAAACUCACCUGUUAGGUUCCUCAAAUUCAUUUGGUUAACAUGUUGUUGUAUCUUCUUCCAUUGUGUUGUUUUGAUCUUGAUAUUGUUGAGUGACCUUGACCGUUGGAAAGGUGUCCUCACCUACGCAGAGGUCUUGCUUUACAUCUGAUGUAGUAAUUAUUCAUACAUGUUCUCAUAUACAGUCUCAAAUCUUCAAAAUCUCUUAAAACCAGGAACUAAUGACAUCACACAGGACACUUAAUUCUAGACUGUGCUUUAUUAUUGGGCUAAGCUGAGACGCUUCAUUCAUUUAAAAUUACAAAAAAAAGAGUCCAGGGGACCAGAGAAUGGUGCAGUCUGGAAAGUGGGGAGCCAAAAGCGCACUGCCCAAUCAAAAGCUUAGCUUGUUAGGAACCUGGCAAAGCUUAAAAUGCAACAUUCAUAUCCCCACCCGUCACAUGUGCUGAAGUCAGGAAAUACAAUUCCAGAAUACUUUGUAAUCCACGUGAAGUCAAAAGGUGACCGUUUUUUGGAAAAUGAAAGCACUGAAGAGAUUUGCGUGAAUGAGUGGAUUUUCACUGUACAAAUCAUUGGAACAAGAUCGGAGCUCUGUCGGAAGCAGGAUGAGGAAACGUGGACGCAGACUGGGGGGGGAAUGUCGUGAGAGCAGUCUGUCUGCGAUUAACAAUUCAUCAGAUAUUAGCAAGUAAAGUGACCUCGGGGCGUCUGCCGUUGUGAACACACAUCUAUGUUUGUAAGGAAAUUGGGGAAUUAUCCUGAUUUAUUUAUUCACUCAGCAUUUUAAAUCAUGCAUUUACAAUGUUUGGAAAUAUCCUCAGUGGCAGAAAUGGGCUUUUGUACAAAACUAUGACCGGCUGAUGCGAAGUAGUUUUUUUUUUUUUUUUUUUGGCAUCAUCGCAGAGCUCAGAUCUUGAGAUUCAACAGCAUAAAUAAAUAGAUAUCAACAGUUGAAUAAAUUAAGAAAUAAAUACCAUGAUACAUAUUUGUUUUUGACAUCACUUGGUCUCUGGGAACGGUUGAAUCUGUCAUCAAGUGCUGAAGGCAAAGAUCCUGCAGACAGGAGCGAUGA